AUGAGGACAGGUUCAUCUUCUCUAAAUCCUAAUGCGGCAGCUUAUGUGCCCCUCUUCAAAAGAGGGGUUUCAAGUGCAAAUAGUGAGUUGAACAAUGGAAGUGAGUUCGUUUGGUCAGGUCAACAGCCGAACACUUUAUUGCCUCAAUCUCAAACCCAUGGCCUGCAUGUUUCUGCUACCCAAACUGGUGAAGGUUCUAGAAGGAAUACUCAACAUGGUGGUGGUGAAUCCUUUGCUUCAACCUCACAAUAUCCUAAUCCGAUACAGCCGAGCUUUGAUGAAGAGUUUGACAUGGACUUGGCUUACCUUCAGAUGACUUUUCCUGGGAUAUCAUUCGAGUCUCUUUCUGAAGUUUAUUUGGCUAACAGGUGUGACCUUGACUCUGCAGUAGACAUGCUACAUCAACUAGAGGUCUACCCUGAUGACUCAUCGGACAAGCUUCCGGACACUUUGGACAUUGGUGACGUGUCGGAACCUGCGACAGUUGGCAAGCCAUCGUCAUCACAGAAAGCAAAGAAUCCAUUGGCUGACGAAUCUCGGGCUUCGUCUUCUGCUCCAUCAAGCAUCUCCCCAGCAAGCUAA